UCUUAUCUGAGUCAUAAAACGUACGUAGGAUGACGCAUGGUACGUGCUACGUCACUACCCCAAAGCGGAAGUGAACACGUGGGGUUGAAGGAAGGGACCGCCGCCUCGCGUGUUUGGAAGUCGCGAGCCAGCUACAGGAACGAACCGGUCUGUGUGUCCCGGAGCUGAACGUUCUCCCCCCGCUCCAUCAUGGCGGUGAGAGCCUCCUUUGAGAAGAACAACGAGAUCGGCUGCUUCGCCAAACUCACCAACACCUACUGCCUCGUGGCCAUCGGAGGCUCAGAGAACUUCUACAGCGUGUUUGAAGGCGAGCUGUCAGAAACCAUCCCGGUGGUCCACGCCUCCAUCGCCGGCUGCCGGAUCAUCGGCAGGAUGUGUGUCGGUAAUCGCCACGGCCUCCUGGUCCCCAGCAGCACGACGGACCAGGAGCUGCAGCACAUCAGGAACUCGCUGCCAGACGCCGUGAGGAUCCAGAGAGUGGAGGAGAGGCUGUCUGCGCUGGGGAACGUCAUCGCCUGCAACGACUACGUGGCUCUGGUCCACCCAGACCUGGACAGGGAAACGGAGGAGAUCCUGGCGGACACCCUGAAGGUGGAGGUUUUCCGUCAGACGGUGGCCGAACAGGUCCUCAUCGGUUCCUACUGCGCCUUCAGUAACCAGGGGGGCCUGGUCCACCCGAAGACGUCCAUCGAGGACCAGGACGAGCUGUCGUCUCUGCUGCAGGUUCCUCUGGUGGCCGGCACGGUGAACCGGGGCAGCGAGGUGAUCGCGGCGGGGAUGGUGGUCAACGACUGGUGCGCGUUCUGCGGCCUGGACACGACCAGCACGGAGCUGUCCGUCAUCGAGAGCGUGUUCCGGCUGAGUGAGACGGCGCAGGCCUCCGCCAUCGCCACCACCAUGAGGGACUCUCUGAUCGACAGCAUGGCGUAGAAGCUGCUGUUUCCUGCCCCGAUGAAGCUCCGCCUCCCAUUUAAAAGCAUCGUCACAUUCGGCUGAUCGGAUGGAGGAAUGGUGGCUGAAGAGACGGUUGGAGGCGACCUGUUGAAGCUCUGUGAGCCCAGACCCGUUCAGAUCCAUUAGUGUGCAGAUUUGUGGGCUGCUGGAGUGUUUCUGUCAGCUCUGCACCAGAAAAGAUGAAUUAAAGCUGAGCAUGAAGAAAAGCUCAGCAGGAAAACAGUGUUGAUCGCAGCGUCCGUCUGCAGAGGCGCUGUUUCUGUCUGUAGAGAAACUGUUGCUUAUGUCUUGAUGUCUCUUCUCUCUGUAAAAUAAACCUGACGGCUCUCUUUUUA